UAAUUUUAUGGUUGGGAGUCACCACAACAUGACAAACUGUAUUAAAGGGUCGUGGCAUUAGGAAGGUUGAGAACCACUGGCUUAGAGGGAGCACAGGAAAUACAACCCAAAUUCGUAUUCCCUGUACUCUGUUAAACCUUCCUUGCCUCUCAGGCAUACCAGUAACUUCCUCCUCUGUGUUCACUUGUGCUGUGCUGUAAUUUUUAGUUUGCAUCUCUUCUCGAAGCUAAACUCUUCCAGAUCAGGCAACCCCAUGAUUCCUUUCUAUCUCUGGGAUCCAGUGGGUGAAUGAAUGAAUUAAUGAUUUAAAGCUGGAAGAAAGCUUUCAAAACACAUUCUCCACGUGUGGUCCAGGGUCCUCAAGACCCUUUUUAGAGGGUCAGUGAGGUGCUUGGGUUUUCUUGUGUACUUCAAACAGCACAAUUCAAUAGACUGAAUGUCGAAGCAGAUAAGAGAAUCCAGCUGUCUUCAGUUAAACCAGACAUUAAAGGUAUUUGCACAAGCACUGUUUCUGCCUGGUUUUCUCUGACGCUGAGAUGGCAUCCCCGAGGCACAACCUCCUCUCUGAAGACUGUAGGGUUGCUAUUAAUCAUGUGGCAUCUUAUGAGCUGCACAUCAGUGAUGCUUAUUUAUCUAUGGCCUGUUAUUACAACCAAGACACAGGAGCACCUCUUUUUGCCUCAUUCUUUGAAGACCAAGCUGAGGUGAAGAGGGAACAUGCAAAGCAAUUCCUAAGAUAUCUAAGAAAACAGGAGAGUAAAAUCUGCCUUCUGGUGAUAAAGAGGCCUGACAUAGAUAACUGGGGAACUGGAAUACAAGCUCUAGAGUCUGCUCUGGAGUUGGAGAACGAGAUAACCAACCUCCUGGAAAACCUGAAGACCAUGGCUUCUGCCAACGAGGAAACCAAUCUCUUACAUUUCAUGGGAAAGUACCUGGAUAAACAAAAGAGGAACACAAACUACCUGGAACAAUAGCUUGCAUAUCGUAAGAGAUUAGAAAAGCAGGCCCAGAAGGAAGACCCUUUUAAAAAGCCUGCUCAAGUGUCAGGUAAAGAGACAGACAUCUGAAGGCAACAGAGCAAGUCUUCCCAUUGUAGUAGGUCCCAAAAUCAGCUACUUAAGAAUCUUAAUUGUCUCCAUUUGACAGAAGAUGUCUUUCCUUUAUUAGUGUGUGUACAA